GCCUCUGCUCGGUUCCCUUAUUACUUCAUUUCCACACUGAACAAGACACAAAUGUCAGUUUUGUUACGUUUGUAGCAGAGAGCCCCGGUCGGGUUCAGUUUGUAGGGAAUGCUGAACGUUUCUUUUUGCUCUUUAUAUCAUUAUUCGUAGCAAGGCGCUGAUACAGCGGAGAAUAACGAUGUGUUUGGUGAGGGGAGUUAGGAGAGGUGGCAGCCUUUGCUAAUUAAAAAGUAGCUAGUUCCUAAGUCAGCUACCAGAAGAUGGGAGCUAGUUCUCUAGCCUGCUUUCAUCCGUGGGAAUCCCUCACCAACAUCAGCUAACUUCAUGUUAAUAAACAACCCAGCUGGCAUCAGAUGCUCUGCAUUAGUUAACCCAGUCUGUUAGCUAGUAACGUUACACAAACUAAACUUCAGCGAUGGAAGAAGUUGACAAAAUCUUGAUUCACGCCCUCAAACAAGUCGGCACAGAGGUGAGUGAGGAGACUGGCAGCGUCAAACAGUUCAGCAGUGAGCUGAUCGUGGAGGCGGUGGUCAGAUGUAUCCGGGUGAUCGAUCCAGGCCUGGGCAGCGGGCUGCCCACCUCACUCCCUCCGGGCAUGUCUGCCCGCUUCAGGGUGGGCAUGAGCCUGGCACAGGCCUGUCAGGACGUUGGUUAUAAAGGAGAGAUAGGCUACCAGACUUUUCUGUACAGCAAUGAGCCAGAGAUCCGCUCCCUGCUCAUGUUCCUGGUGGAGAAGCUGCCCAGAGAAAGUGCAGAGGCCUCAGACCAGCCAACAGGUAAAUCGGUGGUCCUCCAGAGAGCCAUCGCUGCUGCAAUCAAAGCCCAGCUGGUUGUGCCCUGGCUGCCUCCAAACUGCAGACUGCCACUGCACGGUGAAACACAAAGUCCAGGAGCAUUGCACAGCUUCCACGUCCAGCCUCUCAGUUUACCACACUGCACUAAAGGUCCAGGAAAGAAGCAGCUGAAAGAGGUGAAGGAUUACCAGCGAGAUAUUCUUCCUCCUGUGACCGCCCAGCCUUCCCAUCAUGCCUCUGUGGUGGCGUCCAUACUGGAGCAGCACACAGCUGAGCUGAGCGCUGCUCAGGAGUGGGACAACGAGUGGAACAGUCAGGGACUUUUGUCUCGCCUCACACCACAGGAGUAUCGCUCCAGGAAACUGACCCGGCUGCGCAAACGCAUCGAGGAGCAGCUGCGUUCCGCUGCACUGCCCUCUCCUGAAAGUGCCUUUGGGGGUCCUCGCUCCACCUCUGACCUGUCUGAGCUACUGCAGGCCUUCAGAGGCUCCGCCCCCUCUGACCACAUCCUGACCAAGGGCACCCACUUCACCCACACACAGAAGUUUACCUUCACACAGCAGGCGGCAGCGGCAGUAACAAGCUCCCCCAUCCCCUCUGGCCAUCAGUCAGAGAGCGAUAUCCAGCUCCGUCAGCAGGAGGAGCAGCUUUCACUCCAGCAGCAGUUCCAGCAGCUCUGCAGUGAUGUUGAGCAGCUAGCAGCAGACAUGAAGCACAUGAGUGUCACUAAUGCACAGGUGUUGGGUGAGUUGAAGCAGAGAGAGCUGGGGAACUCUGAAAGAGAAGAGAAGAUGCAGGUGAAGAAGAAAACCAUCGACCUGUUGCCAGAUGCAGACGACAACCAGCUGAAGCUUCAGGCUCUGGUGGAGGCCAGUGCCAAGCGGGUGGUGAACCUGGCCUCUCAGUGGGAGAAACACCGCGCUCCACUCAUCGACGAGCACCGCAGACUCAAAGAAAUUUGCAGCACCCAAGAUCUGGAAUCCUCCAGAAAGCUUUCUGAAAUCAAGUCUCUGCAUGACAAAAUCCGAGUGUCUACAGAGGAGGCCAAGAAGAAGGAAGAAAUCUACAAACAACUGGUAACGGAGUUAGAAAAUCUUCCUCAGGACGCGUCUCGGUCAGCAUACACUCAGAGGAUUCUGGAGAUCGUCAGCAACAUCAAGAAGCAGAAGGAGGAAAUUACAAAGAUUUUGUCCGACACUAAGGAGCUCCAGAAAGAGAUCAACAGCCUGACAGGAAAACUGGACAGGACCUUCGCUGUGACUGACGAGCUGGUCUUCAAGGACGCCAAAAAAGAUGAAUCCGUUCGCAAAUCCUACAAGUACCUGGCUGCACUGCAUGAAAACUGUAAUCAGCUGAUCCAAACCAUCGAGGACACCGGUACAAUCUUGAGAGAGAUUCGAGAUCUAGAGGAGCAGAUUGAGACAGAAAACGGUAGUAAAACUGUGGCUAACCUGGAGAGGAUUCUCGAUGACUACAAGGCUAUUCGACAGGAGAACUCUGCACUCGCUGCCAAAGUCCGAGAAGGCUGAAGGACGCCCCCGGUUUGCUCCACUCCGCCUGCUGAGGCGGACGUUGUGGUAAAAACCUGGAGCCAUACAGACCUGAAUGGGACUGAAACAGCACUCCAGUUUUCACACUGAAGAGACUGCUGUUCAUUAACACCACCCUCUGUUGUCAUUGGAGACCUGCUUUUCUCUUAGAAAAGGCGAGCUGAUUUUUGAACCAUGGAACUAACCUGACAUUUAAAUGCACAACUCUGUAUGGAUGGAUGAAGAUGACAAUUGGUGUUUCAUUUCAAACUGAUUUCUACGGCUGGACUCUGCUCUCUUGAGGGUCCAUGCACUGGUUUGAUUGCUCUGUACCCAAAUGAAACACAGCAGUGGACGGCAGAGGGUGCUGUCAGACCUUUUUCCUGUUCAAAUGUAAAGUCAUUCAUAUUGAUGUAUGAAAUGUUUUCAUAAGAUAUCUUGAUUAAAAUCAAAUCUUUGACUGGGAAAUUUUUAAUAUUGGAAUUAUUCCACCAUUUUCAGACACUAGCAGUUCCUUCAUUGUCAUGCUUAUAUUUGAACUGAGUAUGUUGAGUGAAUGGCAUUUGAAUGUAGUCCAUUAAUAAUACUGUCCAGCCCCAUCAGCAAAGUAUUAUUGUAUAUAUGGUACCAGCUUGAAUAAAGAUGCCUUACAAACUUGAA